AUGCUUUGUCAUGGUUUUAUCGAUGAGCUGAAAAUAAACGCAAAAUUGCCGUUAAUAAAAUUUGCAGAUGACAAAAGGAACAGAGGUCUGCUACAGAAAUACGGCUGCCCCCACGGUGCUGGUAGCAGCAGCAGCGAGAUGUCGGGGGUGGAGGAGGCUUUCCGCAAAUUUGCGACCUACGGCGACACGUCGGCCAGCGGCAGCGACAUGACGGGGAAGAACUUCUCCAAGCUGUGCAAGGAGUGCGGCGUGGCCGACGGCAAGGCCGUGACCGGCACCGACGUCGACAUCGUAUUCAAUAAAGUCAAGACCAAGGGCGCCCGCACCAUCACCUUCGCCCAGUUCCAGCAGGCCAUGAAGGAGCUCUGCGGCACGCGCUUCAAGGGCAAGGCGCCCGAGGAGGCCCUGCAGGCCGUCUACGGCCUCAUCGAGGGCAAGGAGCCGGGCAACGUGGGCGCCACGAGAGCCACCACGGCCGGGGCGGUGGAGCGGCUGACGGACACCAGCAAGUACACGGGCAGCCACAAGGAGCGCUUCGACGAGAGCGGCAAGGGGAAGGGGCUGGCGGGCCGCCAGGAGCCGGCCGACGGCAGCGGCUACGUGGGCGCCUACAAGGGCGCCGGCACCUACGACAAGACGCACUAG